AUGGUGUGGUGUUCUACUGGAUUCUACGGUAAAGCGUGCAACGAGACAUGUCCUCCCGACAACAUAAAUUGCAACAUUGGAGAAUGUAUAGAGUCACAAGCAAACAAUAACGAAACCUCGUCAAUGCAAAUAGACUAUCACUGUAGAAAAGGAACAUGUAAUAACGGUGUAUGCCAGUGUCCAGAUGGUUUUGCAGGCGACAGAUGUAACGUGUUUUCAACUUAUAUACUUCCUUACAACAAAACUUAUCAUUUUCUAAAUGGCACGUCCACAAGUAAUAACACAUGUGAAAAUGGAUACAAGAACUUCAAUUGUGACGAGAGAGAUUUUUGUUGCAAUAAUGUAUGCAAACAUGGCCGUUGUUCAAAUGAUGUGAACAUAUAUUCAUGUGACUGUGAUGAAGGUUUUGAAGGAUUUAACUGUGAUAUGGACAUAAGAUUAUGCAACAACGAUCCAUGGUCAAAAACAACGCUACCUGUUUUGACGACGAUAACCCAAUAUACAAGUACCUGUCAACCGGGAUAUUCUGGAUUAAAUUGUGAGAACAAUGCAACCUGCAUUGAAGAACAAACAAACUAUACAUGUAUCUGUCAACCGGGAUAUUCUGGAUUAAAUUGUGAGGUAGAUAUCAAUUAUUGUACUAAUAAUAAAUGCCUGAACAAUGCCACCUGCAUUGAGGAACAAACAAACUAUACAUGUAUCUGUCAACCGGGAUAUUCUGGAUUAAAUUGUGAGAAAGAUAUCAAUUAUUGUACUAAUAAUACAUGUCAGAACAAUGCAACCUGCAUUGAGGAACAAGCAAACUAUACAUGUAUCUGUCAACCGGGAUAUUCUGGUUUAAAUUGUGAGGUAGAUAUCAAUUAUUGUACAUAUAAUACAUGUCUGAACAACGCUACCUGCACUGAGGAACAAACAAACUAUACAUGUAUCUGUCAACCGGGAUAUUCUGGACUAAAUUGUGAGAUAGAUAUCAAUUAUUGUACUAAUAAUACAUGCCUGAACAAUGCAACCUGCAUUGAGGAACAAACAAACUAUACAUGUAUCUGUCAACCGGGAUAUACUGGCCGUAAUUGUGAGAAAGAUAUCAACUUUUGUGCAAAUAAUACAUGUCAAAAUAAUGCAACCUGCAUUGAAGAACAAACAAACUAUACAUGUAUCUGUCAACCGGGAUAUACUGGACUUAAUUGUGAAAUAGAUAUCGAUUAUUGUACUAGUAAUACAUGUCAGAACAAUGCAACCUGCAUUGAGGAACAAACAAACUAUACAUGUAUAUGUAAACAGGGAUAUACCGGAAUAAAUUGUGAGGUAGAUAUCAAUUAUUGUACUAAUAAUACAUGUCAGAACAACGCCACCUGCAUAGAGGAACAAACAAACUAUACAUGUAUCUGUCAACCGGGAUAUACUGGCCGUAAUUGUGAGAAAGAUAUCAACUUUUGUGCAAAUAAUACAUGUCAAAGUAAUGCAACCUGCAUUGAGGAACAAACAAACUAUACAUGUAUAUGUAAACAGGGAUAUACCGGAAUAAAUUGUGAGGUAGAUAUCAAUUAUUGUACUAAUAAUACAUGUCAGAACAAUGCAACCUGCAUUGAGGAACAAACAAACUAUACAUGUAUCUGUCAACCGGGAUAUUCUGGAUUAAAUUGUGAGGUAGAUAUCAAUUAUUGUACAUAUAAUACAUGUCUGAACAACGCCACCUGUACUGAGGAACAAACAAACUAUACAUGUAUCUGUCAACCGGGAUAUUCUGGACUAAAUUGUGAGGUAGAUAUCAAUUAUUGUACUAAUAAUACAUGCCUGAACAAUGCCACCUGCAUUGAGGAACAAACAAACUAUACAUGUAUCUGUCAACAGGGAUAUACUGGAUGUAAUUGUGAGAUAGAUAUCAAUUAUUGUACAAAUAAUAUAUGCCUGAACAAUGCCACCUGCAUUGAAGAACAAACAAACUAUACAUGUAUCUGUCAACCGGGAUAUACUGGACUUAAUUGUGAGGUAGAUAUCAAUUAUUGUACAAAUAAUACAUGCCUGAACAAUGCAACCUGCAUUGAGGAACAAACAAACUAUACAUGUAUCUGUCAACCGGGAUAUACUGGACUAAAUUGUGAGGUAGAUAUCAAUUAUUGUACAAAUAAUACAUGCCUGAACAAUGCAACCUGCAUUGAGGAACAAACAAACUAUACAUGUAUCUGUCAACCGGGAUAUACCGGACUAAAUUGUGAGAUAGAUAUCAGGUUUUGUACAAAUAAUACAUGUCAGAAUCAUGUAACCUGCAUUGAGGAACAAACAAACUAUACAUGUAUCUGUCAAACGGGAUAUACUGGACGUAAUUGUGAGGUAGAUAUCAAUUAUUGUACAAAUAAUACAUGUCUGAACAAUGCCACUUGCAUUGAGGAACAAACAAACUAUACAUGUAUCUGUCAACCGGGAUAUACCGGAUUAAAUUGUGAGGUAGAUAUCAAUUAUUGUACAAAUAAUACAUGUUUCAACAACGCCACCUGCAUUGAGGAACAAACAAACUAUACAUGUAUCUGUCAACCGGGAUAUACCGGAUUAAAUUGUGAGGUAGAUAUCAAUUAUUGUACACACAAUACAUGUCAGAACAAUGCAACCUGCAUUGAAGAACAAUCAAACUAUACAUGUAUCUGUCAACCGGGAUAUACUGGAUUAAAUUGUGAGAAAGAUAUCAACUUUUGUACACACAAUACAUGUCAGAACAAUGCAACUUGCAUUGAGGAACAAACAAACUAUACAUGUAUCUGUCAACCGGGAUAUUCUGGACUAAAUUGUGAGGUAGAUAUCAAUUAUUGUACUAAUAAUACAUGCCUGAACAAUGCCACCUGCAUUGAGGAACAAACAAACUAUACAUGUAUCUGUCAACCGGGAUAUACUGGACUUAAUUGUGAGAAAGAUAUCAAUUUUUGUACAAAUAAUACAUGUCUGAACAAUGCAACCUGCAUUGAGGAACAAACAAACUAUACGUGUAUCUGUCAACCGGGAUAUACUGGACUUAAUUGUGAGGUAGAUAUCAAUUAUUGUACUAAUUAUACAUGCCUGAACAAUGCCACCUGCAUUGAGGAACAAACAAACUAUACAUGCAUCUGUCAAUCGGGAUAUUCUGGACUUAUUUGUGAGAUAGAUAUCAAUUAUUGUACUAAUAAUACAUACCUGAACAAUGCCACCUGUAUUGAGGAACAAACAAACUAUACAUGUAUCUGUCAACCGGGAUAUACUGGACGUAAUUGUGAGAUAGAUAUCAAUUAUUGUGCAAAUAAUACAUGUCUGAACAACGCCACCUGUACUGAGGAACAAACAAACUAUACAUGUAUCUGUCAACCGGGAUAUUCUGGACUAAAUUGUGAGGUAGAUAUCAAUUAUUGUACUAAUAAUACAUGCCUGAACAAUGCAACCUGCAUUGAGGAACAAACAACCUAUACAUGUAUCUGUCAACCGGGAUAUACUGGACGUAAUUGUGAGGUUGAUACCAAUUAUUGUACUAAUAACACAUGCCUGAACAAUGCCACCUGCAUUGAGGAACAAACAAACUAUACAUGUAUCUGUCAACCGGGAUAUACCGGACUAAAUUGUGAGAUAGAUAUCAGGUUUUGUACAAAUAAUACAUGUCAGAAUCAUGUAACCUGCAUUGAGGAACAAACAAACUAUACAUGUAUCUGUCAAAACGGGAUAUACUGGACGUAA